CUUGCAUCCAAAUAGCAAAAGGACUGCUUCGCUGCUGCACAAUGGCCGUUGCCUUUUGGGCAGCAUUUCGUGUGAGGCUGCCAGUGCGGCUUUUCGCCCGCCACACCGCAGCAGGCAUGUUUGGAAAGCCAGAUGAAAUGGCACCCAAACGAGUUGUGCGCUCCAAAGCCCCAAUGCAGGGUCGACAGACGGUGCUUGGGCGUCCAUCAGUCCCAAUGCCUGGUGUAGCGCCCCACCUGCAAGCGCUUCAACGACUCUCCGAGAUGCUGCCACCUUUGGGUGGAGGUGGAUUUUCAUCCUCUUGGCGUGCUCGCCAGGAGCGAUUGAGAGCCAACAACGACCAAAGGCAGCAGGAAGACGUAUUUAAUGAGUCCAAGAAGUUUUUGAUGGAGUCAGACAUUUGGACAUUCGGGAAUAUGUUGGCGUACCAGCGAAAGCUCUUGGACUUGCUGGGCGCCAACUCUUGGCGGCGGCGCCUUUCGGCCGAUGACCCCAAUAUUCAAUACCUCGAGAAGGAACUUCGAGUGUUGGAGGCCAUGACGCCAGUUGAGCUGGCAUCCAAUCACAAGAGUGUUUUCAACUCGCGGUCUAUUGCCCUCAUUGCUGAGAAGUCCAACACCACUGUGAAAUUUGUCAACCAGGUGAUCCUAGAACAUGAUGUUUUACGUGCAGACCGAAGGUGGUACCAGAUCUUGGCGCAGUUUGACAGACCUCAGCCAAAGUCAUUUGAAGACCGGAGCUUCAUGGCAGAGUACGACAGGCCCUUCUCACAGUCCGAAGAUGACAUGCGAGAAGAGAUGAUAGAGAAGCAGCAGCGCAUCCAGAGCAAAAAGAAAUCGAAGCGAUUGACCUGGAUCUGGUACCGACACCCAAGCUGUGGGGGCAACCGCUGGUCCACGCGGCCACCGAGAUGGUAUCCAGCACAAUGGAAGACGCGGCCGGAGCGGCGGCUACGCUUGGCUGGGGUGGGGGUGCCAGGUGGUGGUGGUGAUCGUGGAAGACCCUGGGGCCGUUUGGCUGCCUGGGUGGGAGAUGGUUGAAAAAGGUUUGAAUGUACAGCACUUUGGCACUAAAUGUUUGAGGUUUCAGGGUGUUCAGGCACACUUGAGAGAUGUUUGAGCAAAGGACUGUUUCGGCUCAGACCCUUAUUUUGUCUUCAAGCCAGUCGUAAAGUCUUGGACCUUUCCUGAAACGUGAGC